AUGGCUGAAACUUCUUUCCAGUAUCAAGAUUCCUUACCACACUUGCCUGUACCGAAAUUACAAGACACGUUACAGAGGUACUUGAGAUCAGUACAAGCCAUCGUUAGUGAUGAUCAGUAUAGCAAAACCAAAGAAAUCGUUGAAGAAUUUGGAAAAUCAGGCGGGUUAGGUGAAAAAUUGACCCAAAAAUUGAAAGAAAGAGCAAAGACUCACGAUAAUUGGGUAGAUGAUUUUUGGAUACGAUAUGCAUAUUUGUCCGUUAGAGAACCUCUAAUGAUAAAAUGUUCGCCAGUGCUUUCCAUAAUUUAUCGACCAGUUCAGACUGUAGAUGAGCAAUUAAGGCUUGCAGCCAAAGUUCUUUUUGGAAUACUGCAACAUAACCACGCAAUUCAAUCGGAAACAUUACCAGUUGAUAAAGUUGCCGGCCGUGCUAUAUGUAUGAGCCAAUAUAAGAAAAUUUUUAAUGGCUAUCGUAUUCCGGGAGAGAAAUUGGACUCCGCUGCAACGUUUACCGCCGAAAAUCCACAACCAUCAAAUUUGAUUGUUGCUUACAAGGAUCAGUUUUUCAGCGUUGACGUUAUUAAAGACGGCAAGUUUCUUACGGUAGCAGAUAUUUAUGGGAUAUUUAAAGAAAUUACCGAGAAACACCAAGAUAGAGGAAAAGGUGUAGGCGUUUUUACUGCUAUCAAUCGUGAUUCGUGUUUCGAAGCUUAUACUGAAUUAAUGAAAGAUAAGACGAAUGCCAAUAAUCUGGAGAAGAUUAUCAAAAGCCUUUUUGUUCUAGCUAUCGAAUCUCAUGAAUUGGGCGCAGAAACAGAUGACGGAAAUCAAAUCAAAGCUAAGAAGCCGAUAUCAACAAUUUGUAAACAGUUACUUACGGGCUGUGGCAUAGAAGGCGACGCUUGUAACAGGUGGUACGAUAAAAGGCUACAGAUCACAGUUGGAAUUGAUGGAUCUGUUACACUUAUCGGAGAACAUUCCGCAAUUGAUGGUACUGCAGUUCUUGAGUUGUGCAAACAAAUCAUACAGACGUCAGGUUGUCCCGAUAAUGAUUUAAAACCGACAGAGCUACCAUCUAUACAAAAGUUAGAAUGGAAUCUCAACGAGAAUCUAGAAAAUCGAAUCCGGAAAGGAAAAGUAGAAGCUGCUUCCACUAUCAAUGAUAUCAGCGUCGAGAUUUUAAAAUGGGAAGAAUAUGGCAAAGAAUUUAUUAAAUCGCAGAAAAUGAGCCCUGACAGUUUUAUGCAAAUAUUAUUUCAAGUUGCAUACUACAAAGUUCACAAAGAAAUAGCAUCGCAGUACGAAAGCGGAGCAACCAAAUUAUUUCUACUUGGAAGAACAGAAGUUAUUCGGUCAACGUCUGUAGAAUCUGUGGAAUUUAUUAACGCAUUUCUAUCAGAUUCUGUCUCGAAUGAUCAGAAGAAAGCGCUUUUUAGGAAGGCGGUAGAAGUGCACAAAAAAUAUGCCUUACAGGCUAGUAUGGGUCAAGGCUGGGAUCGCCACCUGUUUGGAAUGAAGAUUUGGGCGUUAGAAAAUGGAAUGGAGACACCAGCAAUAUUUAGUGACCCCACUUACAAUACUCUAAGCCAAUUUAAGCUUUCAACUAGUCAAGUAACGCUUCCAACAGAUACUUCAGUGGCAUGUUUUGCACCAGUCGUUGAGGAUGGUUAUGGUAUAUCUUACAAUAUUAGUUCCAAUUUUUUCAUUGUCUCAGUUACAUCUUUUAACUCUUGUUCAAAAACAAGCGCUACCGAAUUCUAUAAUGCGCUAAUACAAACUCUGAAUGGCAUUAAGCUACUAUUGGAAAGUUAA